AUGUUUGCCUCCAAUAGAUACCUUCUCCGUGGCAUAAGGCUGCUGCAGGUGCUAACCAGAAAUUUCAACAUGGUGCGUAAAGUCCUGCCUGUCAAAAAGACCGUUUCAACCGAUGCCAAAAGUGAAGCUUCAGAGGAGAAUAACGAUGCAUCGAAGUCUACCGGAGCUUUUGCCUUUCACGAUAGCCCAAUCGGCGGAGUUUCAACCAACCAGAAUGGCCAUAUCGAUUGGUCUGACUCGUUCCAUGGCUUGGGACAGGCAUCAUUCUCGAAACAGACAAAUGACAUUUUACUUGCUCCUAUCGAAGACGAUGAUAUCGAAAUCAAACCAGAUGGACUCCUAUAUUUGCCUGAGAUAAAAUACAGAAGAAUCUUGAACAAAGCUUUCGGUCCCGGUGGUUGGGGACUUGCACCCAGAACCGAGACAUACAUAACUCCGAAGCAGGUCAGCAGAGAAUACGCCUUGAUCUGUGAGGGCAGAUUAGUCUCAGUAGCAAGAGGAGAACAAGACUAUUUUGGUGGUGAAGAGAAGCUCACAACUGCGCUUGAGGGGUGUAAGAGUAAUGCCUUGAUGAGGUGUUGCAAGGAUUUGGGUAUUGCCAGUGAAUUGUGGGACCCAUCCUUCAUCCGCAAAUGGAAAAAGAAAUACUGUGACGAGGUAUUUGCCGAGCAUGUUGUCACGAAGAAGAAGAAGAAGUUGUGGAAGCUCAAGACUAACAGCUUCGAUUACCCUUACAAAGCAUGCUAA